GAUCCCAUACCGUCGAACUGAAGAAAUGUCGACGUGGCAGUUAAUAUCCGAUUCCAGCGGCGAUUGUUUCCGGUGGGAAGUCGCUGGCCGGAUUCUUCAGUCUGACUCCGACUCCUCUCCAACAAAGACGCUGCUCGAAUCCACGCCUCCUCUACCUUCCAUGGCCGAUCUCUUGCGCCAAGGAUGCUCGAAGCUUGUAGAACGGGAGGAGCCGAUGCCUGGGGAAAUCCUAAUGUUCAGGACUGGGCUGGGGAGGUCUGUAGCUCUAAAAGAGUCUUCGAUUGCUAGAGCCAAAUCCAUUUUAGCAGAUGACAAUGUUGUUUAUUCAGAUUUGCAGGACACAGGAUGCUCAAAUCUCCAAAAGAGACAAGUGGAUACAGCUGGAAAUUUGCCUAUGUUCACGACGGCCUUAGGGAAAUCUGUCCCACUGAAAGACUCUUCGAUUGCCAAAGCUAUGUCUAUUCUUGGGGGUGAUUUGAUUGACUCAGGCAACGUUCUUCCCAGGGAAAGUGGGUUUGGUGAUCCCACCAGUCUUUUUCAGACAGCUUCUAACAAGAAGGUUAUUCUAUCUUCUCCCGGUCUUGCAAGAGCCAAGGCAUUGUUAGGACGAGGAGAAGAUGAUUUGAAUGGAUUUAACCACGUGAACCGGUCGUUUUCUUCCCACCAGCAACAUGGCUGGUCUGAGUUAAAAACUCAUGAGGAGUUUGAUGCUACAGCGGUUCAGCGUCAUUCAGGAACUCCAGGACAAUAUGAGGGUCAUGUAUUUGGGAAGAUGUCAGAAGUUUUAAAUCCAUCUUCAAAGGUGCCUCCAACAAAGUUUCAGACUGCUGGAGGAAAAUCAUUGUCAGUGUCAGUUGAGGCUUUGAAACGUGCAAGAAACCUUCUUGGAGACCCUGAGUUAGGGAAUUUCUUUGAUGAUGUAGCAGUAGGUGAUCAGUUUGUUACUCCACAGAAAGAUAAAAGGUUAGGUGAUAUUCCUAUAAACAAUGGAAGUGCCAACACAGGCUCUAUUACUCAUGAAGGAAAGACAAGCCACAAGCAUACGUCAAAUAGUUUUAUAUCUCCUCUUCGGUCAUCUUCAAAGAAAUUUAGAUCAGUCAAAUCGAAGGACCUAGCUUCAGGGGCUAAUUCGAUCAAGAAAUUUGAUGCAGCUCUUGAUAAGACAGACUGUUCUCUGAAUAGUACUAAACUUGCUACACAUGGAAUAUCAAAUGGCAGACCUUCAGCAUCAGAUAUAGCUGUGACUAGUUCGAAGGAAAUUAGUUUCAUUCCAAGAGGUAAACAAUUUGGAAGGCCAUCUGACCAGCCACUUGUCGAUAUAACAAAUCGCAGUGAUACAGCUUAUGCAAACAAUAAACAAGGCAGUACCCAAAAGAAAAGACUGGGAAACACAGUCUCUGUUUCUCCUUUUAAAAGGCCAAGGAAUUCCUCGUUUAAAACUCCUUUAAAGAAAAAUGCUCAGCAUGCUUCUAGUGGGUUGUCUGUCGUAUCUUGUGAUACACUUUAUUCAAAAAAGGUGCUUUCUACAAGAUAUCCAGAAAAGUCGCCAAGAGUAUAUAUCAAGGAUUAUUUUGGAAUGCAUCCAACAGCCACGCCCAAGAUGGAUUAUGUGCCAGACCAUGUCAGAAGAAUCAAAUCAAGUAAUGCAGAUAAAUAUGUAUUCGGUGAUGGGUCCUCCUCAAAUGUAGUUGGAGCUGAAACUUUUCUUCAAAUGUUGGCUGAGUGUGGUGCUUCCUUACAGCAAGUAUCUAGAAAGUGGGUCACUAAUCACUACAGGUGGAUAGUCUGGAAACUUGCAUGCUACGAGACAUACUACCCAGCUAAAUGCAGAGGGAAUUUUCUGACAAUCACCAAUGUUCUCGAGGAACUAAAAUACAGGUAUGAGAGAGAGGUUAAUCAUGGUCAUUGCUCUGCAAUCAAGAGGAUUCUGAGUGGUGAUGCUCCAGCUUCUUCAAUGAUGGUGCUCGCCGUAUCAGCUAUUAAUCCAAAGACCGAUAAUGAUUCCCAGGAAACACAUGGUUCUGAUAGUGGCAGCAAUAUGAAAGUAGAACUCACUGAUGGGUGGUACUCGAUGAAGGCUGCUCUGGAUGUCAUGCUGACAAAGCAGCUGAAUGCUGGAAAAUUGUUUGUUGGGCAGAAGCUUCGAAUCCUUGGGGCAGGACUUUCUGGCUGGGCUAACCCAACAUCACCUCUUGAGGCAGUGGUUUCAAAUACGAUCUGUUUGUUGUUGAAUAUUAAUGGGACAUACAGAGCUCACUGGGCGGACCGACUAGGAUUCUGUAAAGAAGUUGGUGUCCCUCUGGCCUUCAACUGUAUCAAGUGCAAUGGGGGUCCAGUGCCCAAAACAUUAGCUGGAAUCACACGAAUAUACCCUAUCCUAUACAAGGAAAGGGUAGGUGAAAGGAAGUCAAUAAUUCGAUCAGAGAGAAUGGAAAGUAGAAUGAUCCAGCGACAUAACCAGAGGCGCUCAGCUCUUAUUGAGGGUCUUAUGUGUGAGUACCAGAGAGAAAUCAAUGGUUUCCACAGCCAGAAUGAUACUGAUAGUGAAGAAGGAGCCAAGGUCUUUAAGCUGUUAGAGACGGCUCCUGAACCUGAACUCCUAAUGGCAGAAAUGAGCCUGGAGCAGUUGACAUCUUUCGCUACAUAUAAAGCAAAAUAUGAGGCAGCCAAGCAAUUACAGAUGGAAAAAUCAGUGGCAAAAGCUCUGGAAGAUGCUGGCUUAGGUGAAAGGGAUGUAACCCCAUUCUUGAGAGUUAGGCUUGUUGGAUUGACGAGCUUAACUUAUGAAGGCGAACACAAUAUAAAAGAAGGCAUCGUAACAAUCUGGAAUCCCACUGAGAGACAGAGAACCGAGUUGAGAGAGGGAAAAAUAUACAUGAUGAAAGGGCUAGUACCAAUGAACUCAGAUUCAGAGAUACUUUACUUACAUGCCAGAGGUUCUAGCUCAAGGUGGCAGCCUUUGUCUCCAAAAGCUUCCGAGAGUUUUCAGUAA